AGUAAUUUGACGGUUAGGUCGGGAAGAAUGGGAAGCAAAGCAAUGGGAUUUAGCCACGACCGCUCCACUCUCAGCGGCCCUCGCUUACUUAUUCCAAAACCGCCGACGACAACAAAGCACCCGAUCCAGUGAUCAACUACGGAUCGCUUGAUCGAUCAACAUCUCAAACCCUAGACGAAUCCUAAAAGAAGAGGAAGAAGAGAUCGCAAACGUCCUAAUGGCCAGAGAUGCGGAGGCUGGUGGCGAAGCCUCGCGAACGCCGACCCUCCCUACCGUCCGGGUACGGGCAAGCACUGACCCCUUGCUCAUCGUGUGCCGUUGCUUCAGCUUCAUAACCGCCGUCGCCGCCCUGCUAUGCGUCGCCGUCAAUGCCCUUUCCGCCGUCCGAUCCUUUAAGAACGGAUCCGAUAUUUUUGGCGGAAUUUUCCGAUGCUACGCCAUCGCCCUCGCUCUCUUCGUGGCCGUCGCGGAGACGGAGUGGACCUUCGUUAUCAAGUUCUGGAGUAUUCUGGAAUACUGGGCUUGUCGCGGCAUGUUACAAAUAUUUGUCGCUGUCAUGACAAGAGCUUACUCAGAUGCUACGGAAGAGCGGAAGGAUCUGCUUCUUCUUCACGAGAUUUCCAGCUACCUACUUCUUGCUUGCGGAUUGACCUAUGUUAUCUCGGGCGUACUGUGCAUUGGUUUCUUGAAGCGUGCACGCCAGCACAAGAAAACAACGAGAGAGCAAGCAGCAAGAGAUUUAGAAGAAGUGUUGCGUCGGAAAGAUGAGCUUGAAGCUUUGCUGAUUGUGGAUGGAACUUGACUAGUAUAAUGGGAUAACUCCAGCAAGAUAUUGUCAUAAAGCAUUGACUCCUAUUAAGUUGCUUUAUCUGAUUGUUUCUUUUCACGACUGUUCAAUAUACACGAUUCUUUAUGAGUUCUACCAUUGCUGUUGUCUACCCUCAGAAUUUAACUGACUUACUGAGAUUUCAAAAGCUUUGCCUUUUGCAAUGCCAUGGAUAUUCAAAAGAUUGUGAUUUUCAGAUAUGUAGCUGCAGUGUACCUAUUGUUCUGCCAGCAUUCAACAAUCCUUGUAUAUGAAUUUUUGGCUUGUUCUAUUUGCGUGAGUGAUUUUCA